AUGCGUUUCUCUCAACUCCUCUCCAUUGCCUUUGCCGGCGCUGUAGUCGCUCAAUCUACCGUCGCAAUUGUUUACCUCGAACCUGAAUUUUCAGGGCCGUCGCAGCAAAUCAGCUCUAUAGGACAGUGUGCCGUCAUCGAUCCCAGUACCAUGCCUCCUGAGGCGGGAUCCAUCCAAGUCGCCUCGGGUGUCAUGUGCACCACCUACUUUGACUCACAAUGCCAAAGUCCAAAUCAGCACCUCACGGGCACCCUGUCUAACAUUCCGGAGCCAUCGGACAUGCAAUCUAUUCUUUGCCAGCGGCUAGACUAG